AUGGACUCCGAGUACAUGUUCGACAUAUACAGUGCCCAUGAGGCUCCCAAAGCUCCCUCGAGCAAAAAGAAAACGAGCAAGAGGCAUCCCGAGGAAAGCAGUAAAAUGCCUCAGGCCAAGAAAGCCUGCACUGCAGGCCCCCUGUCAGACGGACCCUCAGCCAAUGCAACACCACCUCCUUCUCCUCUCGAGACGGACCCUCCCCCUGCUCCUGCUGGGUCGACACCGUCUCCACCAGCCCCAACUGACCAGACUCAGCAGGCUGGUCCUGCUUCCACUAGGGGCGACAUAUCAAGUCGCGCCUUAAGAUCGGUCAAAGACAGGGUCGCAAAAUUUUUGAAGCAUGAUCGUUGCCGAGAGGCGAUGGCUUCGACUGAGACAAUGGACGUCGACCAGAUCCUAACCCGCGCAUUGAGUGAUUUUGCCAGUCUUGAGGCAGUGCUCGAGGAGAAGAAUAAACUGGCUGCGGAGCUAAGGGAGAAGCAGACUGCUCUGGAUGAAGCCGUCGAGCAAAGAGACCAGUUCAAGGACUCUACCCGCAUUAACUACCGCAAGGCUAAAAAGCUCGAGCAGGAGUUGGCUGCGAGUAGACAAGAGACUACAACCUUGGAGGGCCGUAUCGAGAAGCUUGAACAGGCCAACGCUAGCAAUGUGGAAAGGUACAAGAACGCCAUGAGUAAGUGUCUUUAUGACUUCUGGAAACACAAGCAAGGGGCUGAUUUCAGUUACCUUCCCGAUCGCGCAAGGCAUGCCAAGAUAGCCCACUGCGUUGCUCGUCUGGCAGAAGAGGAGAGGGCAAGGGCUAGAUUGGAAAAGCAAGAAGAAGAGAUUAGGUGGUUGAGACAGCGGGUUCCAUCAGGGAACGCUGCUCCAAAUGUUUUGACAACAAUGGCACUAGUUUCGAUUCAACCUGAGGGUGGGAAUAGAUGGGAAUUACUUAAGAUAGUGACAAAAUAUGUCAAUGAAUUCGAUGGGUUGACCAAAUUUGCUUUUGAUUUUGUAACAAUGGAUGUUUCUCAGAAGGAAUGA